CUGGAUCUUCAACUCGUUUCCCAAUUUUUGCGGUGAAUAUUUUUAUAAUCUCUAAGUUCUAAAGCACGUUCAUUCAUUUCAAUCAACAAAAAUAAUCUAAUUUUUUUCAAAUCCUCCCCAAAAUUUCAAUUCUGCAGAAAAGUUCUGACAAUUUUCGGGGACUCGAGAUAAAGAAAAAAGACAUCGUGUACCUUUUGAGAUUUGAGUGUGAAAGCACACCGGCAAAAAGAAGAGAAACUAGCAAAAAUGUCGCCCAAGUCAUCUGAAAAUUCUGGAAAAUUUUGUGAACGUGGAAAAAAAUGAAAAUGAAAUGUGCUGGAAAAGAUGGGCACAAAAUUGGCAUUUUAAUUUGGAAUCUUUUGUUUUUUCUGGUCACAAAGAAAAUUUAAUUUUCUUUGAGGUGUCAAGGAAAAAUAAUGGCUUUUGUAUAAAAAAUAUAAAUAAAUUUUUAGACCGGAAUUUUUAAAUUAAAAUUUUCUCUGACACCUCAAAGAAAAUCAAAUCUUUCUUGUGACCAGAAAAAACAAAAGGUUCCAAAUUAAAAUGCAAAUUUUUGGUGCCCACCUUUUUCCUGCCACAUUUCAUUUUUUUCCUUGUUCAGUCUAAAAUUUCCAGAAUUUUCAGAUGACUUGGUCAACAUUUUUGCUAGUUUCUCUUCUUUUUGCUGGUGUACUUUCACACUCGAAUCUCAAAAGGUACAGAUUUUUUUCAGAGUUGAAAAUUUGAGAUAUAUUUUCAGAGAUUCCUGGAGUCAAAAAUGGCGAAAAUACUUGGAUGAUAGAUGGCGACAAAAUCAAGAAUAUUGCGAAAACAAUUCGGAAAAUGAUGUGAUCUACACAGAUUUUUUCGAGCGCAUCAAAUCGGGACAAGAUGUGCAAACAACACCUGAGCCUUUCUCAGAGAUUUCAAAAGAAAUAUAUGGUCCAAUUUGGUAG